GAUUAAUAAAAUAUUUCCAAUCAAAAAUUUUCAGUGCUGGAAGGCCAGAUGCAAAAUAGAAAUGAUCGAGUUGCAGAAUUCAAUCGUAUUAUAAUCGAUGAUUCGGAUGAAGAAACUGAAGCGGCUGUAGAUCAGUUACAAAAUAGAAAUGAUGGAGUUGCUCGAGUUAAUCCUAUUGAAAGUGAUGAAACAGAUGAAGACGAUGAAGGUGCAAAUAAUUGUUGCAUUUGUAGAGAAAGGGAGAGAACGCAUGCUUUCAUUCCGUGUGGGCACAAACAGAUUUGUGACAUUUGCAAAAUAACAUAUAACAGAAUGGGAAUAUCAGCAUGUCCUCUGUGUAGGAAACGAAUUAUGUGCAUCGUUAAAAUUAUCGGUUGAAAGCAACUUUUUC